AUGUCUACCACUGACAAGCUACACCAUACGGUGUAUAACCCGAUAGGCCAAACUACCGUUGUCCUGAUCCAUGGCGCCCUGGUGUCCGGCCUCUACUGGGAUCUGGUCAUCCCCCACCUCCCCAAUUCUUACCACCUCCUGGUCCCAGAUCUCCCAGGACAUGGGAAAUCCCCUGCACCAUUCGCAGUGGAUCUCUCAGUCCGCCUAAUCGCCGACAUGAUCCGCACACACGCUAUCAACGGCUCGGCUCACAUCAUUGGCCACAGUCUAGGCGCGCAGGUCGCCAUCCGUCUAGCCUCAAGCGAUCCCGACGUGGUAAAUUCUAUCUUCAUCUCGGGCUUUGAGAUAUUCCCCCAAACAUCAUUCACCCCGUAUAUACCAUACGCGGCAUGGGCCAUGCCCAGAAUUGAAAAUUGUCUUCCUCGUUCUUUGAUCCGCUGGGCAAUGGAUGGUGCCGAUAUCCCUCGCAUCGAUACAAGUACCUGCACACUCGAUUUAUGUAGGCAACUCGUAUUGCCAGAGACCCCGACACAGUGGCCGUUGCCAUGGUAUGCGCGCACCCUCAUUGUUGCUGCAGGGAAAGGCGGGUUGAUUCCCACUAAUGAUCAUCCGCAUGAUGCUGUGAAGCUGAUGGAGAUUGGGAGAGAAUUGAAUGCAGAGACUGUCGCGUAUACACAUUUGAGUAUGCGACAUCCGUGGAAUCGACAGGAACCACAAGUAUUUGCGGAAACUGCUGAGGCGUGGUUUGAAGGGAAGGAGUUGCCGGAGGGGUUUGUGAAGCUUUAG